CACAUCAAAGAAAAACCUCAAAAGAUGAAAUGGUUAAACAGAAAUACUGGGAAAAGGGGGGUGUUCAAUCUUUUCUGGUAUUCGAGAGUGGAUUCAGAAAGGGCUUGGCAGUUGUUUUUCUGUGGCUUCCUCUGUUUUCAAUUUGACAAAAAGCCGUGGUCGAAAUGGCUUUUCGGCGAAUGGGUGAAGUGGCAAAUGGGCUAAGUGGCAAAUGGGCAAAGUGGAAAUGGGCAGAGUGACUAUUUCGUCCGAUGUCCUCUUGAUUCCACUUGCGUCAAGCCGGCUGCAUGCAUAGCCACGUGCCGGCGCAACGCGGUCUAUUCGAAGUUAACAUCUUCGAACUAGCUUUGUAUUUAAGUUGUUCAUGUAGGUUACGUCCAUGUACUGUCUACUCGAGUCGAGAUAUGGCGAACAUUACAAGACACAACUUCGAGGAGCUUCUCCCUGGUAUCUUAAGCACCAUUGAAAAGUGCGAUUUCAUCGCCCUUGACACCGAGUUCACUGGAUUGCAUUUUCAUUCCGACAGCCACAACAGCCUCUUUGACACGCCACAGGAGAGGUACAGUAAGCUACGGCAGACGGCAAGUCACUUCACGCUCUGUCAGCUGGGGCUUUCGGCAUUCAUCAAAGCCCCAAGUGAGAACAGGUACUGUGCUCAUACCUACAAUUUCUACCUGUUCCCGAGGAGUUGUUCCACCGUCGAUGCAAGGUUUUACUGCCAGGCAUCCAGUAUUCAGUUUCUUUGUCAGUAUGGCUUUGACUUCAACAAGCUUUUCUAUGAAGGAGUCAGCUACCUCAGUAUGGAGGCAGAGAAAGAACUCAGGCAACAAUGUCAGGGGCAAGAGAGUAUCUUGACGAGUGACGUUGAUGACUAUUUGGUGACAAAUUUCACAUCAGCGAUAUCAGACUGGUUGCCAACCGCCAAGGAAGGAGACCAACUCAGCAUGACUAAGAUUUCUGAUGACAUAGUGUCCGUUCAGGUACAGGCAUUACUGAGGGACUGUUUCCCAACAAUUUGGACCUCACAGGUUGGCACUGGGGAGAUUCUUAUAACAAAAGUGACUCCAGAAAAAAGGGCAGCAUUGCUUGCAGAUGAAACACCUUGGAUAGAAAGGCUAUUUGUUAAGCUUGCUGGCUUCAACAAAGUCUUCAGACACAUCAGUGAGCUGAAGAAGCCUGUGAUUGGUCACAAUUUCCUGACGGACCUUCUUUUUCUGCAUUCCAAGUUCUACAAGCCGCUACCUGCCAAAUUCAAAGACUUCAAGAGGAACAUUCACAAGUUAUUCCCCCACCUGUACGACACCAAGUUCCUUAUCAUGGAAAUCCGGAAGAAUCUGGAGGAAGAAGGCCUACCAUUGGCUUCAACAAGUCUAUCCCGUGUCUAUCGUGCACUCCAUACUGACCCAAGAAAGCUGGGUGUGCCACACAUGCCUGACAUAGAAUUGGCUGAGAACUGUGCCAGAUAUGAUCAGGAAGAGCUCUUCCAUGAAGCAGGGUUUGAUGCCUACUUAGCCGGUUAUGUCUUCCUGAAAAUGGCUCACUACAUAAAAGCCAAGGAUACAAGUAUCAUGCAUCCAAAGCUGUUAACUUUCAGGAAGUACAUCCCAGCUCUGGCCCCUUAUGAGAAUAAAACCAACGUCAUCAGAGGCAGCAUACCGUAUGUGAAUAUUGCCGGGGAGGAUCCAGCCUCCAGGCGGCCUAAACUACUCUAUGUCACCUCCAGAGGGCCUUCCCCACUGCAGGCCAAGGAGCUGGCAACCUUGUUUAAUACCUACACUUCAGUAGAUGUGAAGAUGAUUGACAAGCGGCAUGCCCUGCUGGCAACAUCAAAUUACGGAGGGAGUAAAGACAUUAUGAGGGCAUUCAAGAAUGAUAAAACUAUCCACUUAGCAUACUACAAUGUUUUCCAGCAUUCCAAACCUGUACGCUAUGGACUUUGGGGUGCUGUGGCAGUCAUGGGAGCUAUCAGCCUAUGGGUGCUGCUAGGAGACCAAUCCAAGAGGCAGUGAACCCUGACUCACAGUGGAACCAAACCCCUGCUGCAGGAUAGAUAAAGAAUGCUCUCCCGUAUGACCAGCGUGCAGUAGUACCACACUAGCAAGAAGUGAAACAGGGCAUCGCAAACUCUGCAUGGAAGAACAC